AUGUCCUUGAAGGGUAAGACACUCUUCAUCACCGGCGCCUCGCGCGGUAUCGGCAAGGCGAUUGCGCUACGGGCAGCCAGGGACGGUGCAAACAUCGCAAUAGCGGCCAAGACGGCCGAACCGCAUCCGAAACUCGAAGGCACGAUCUAUACGGCAGCCGAAGAGAUCGAGGCUGCAGGUGGCAAGGCGCUGCCACUUGUCCUUGACGUACGCGACGAUGAAGCUGUCAAGGCGGGAAUAGACAGGACGGCGGACCAUUUCGGAGGCCUGGACAUUCUGGUCAACAAUGCGAGCGCCAUUCAGCUGACGCCCCUGCAGCAGACCGACAUGAAACGGUUCGAUCUGAUGCACCAGGUGAACACGCGUGGGACAAUGGCCUGUUCCAAACACGCGAUUGAGCAUCUGAAAAACGCCGACAACCCGCAUAUCCUCAUGUUGUCGCCACCACUCGACAUGCAGGAAAAGUGGUUUGCACCCUUUACGCCUUACGCCAUCGCCAAAUACGGAAUGAGCCUCGUUGUUCUUGGCCUUGCCGGGGAAUUGAGAUCCAAGGGGAUUGCGGUGAACGCGCUCUGGCCGAGGACGACCAUCGCAACGGCAGCGAUCAAGAACAUUAUCGGCGGCGACAAGAUGAUGCAGCAGAGCCGUACGCCGGACAUUCUUGCAGAUGCGGCCCAUGAAAUCUUCGUCUCGCCCUCACGAGAUUUUACCGGUCAGUUCGUGAUCGACGAUACAUUCCUGGCAAGCAGGGGUGUCACCGAUUUUGACAAGUACCGGGUCGACCCCAGUCUUGCACUUGCGCCGGAUUUCUUCGUCCCCGAGGACGUCGACGCGCCGGCCGAUCUUGGACCGGCCAAGGAUUGA